AUGGCCACAGACCACGUGGUGGAAGAGGGCGAGGUUGUGAUGGAUUCUUUAGGCCAGAUGAAGAAGCUGUCCAAGUGGGCCAUCUUCGAGAAUCAGGUGAUCCACAGAUGUUAUGCGUGGUGGAUGAUUGGCGUCCUAACGGAUCACUAUAUGCGCUGUGCCAUCGACAUGGACUCCGACAACCAGUACUAUCCCUUCUGCACGACAUUGGCAAGGACAGCCGUGAAGCCUUGGUCCGAGAUCCUUGUUCGCUCUCUGGGGAAUGAUCAAGAUUUGUUUGGCUUCAUCAUGCUGGGAGCCUACCAGGAUUCACGGCCAGCCACCCCAGGAGGGCCUCCAAGCGUGAAGUUUGGGAUGAAGGAUUUCUUUGUCUUCAUUGUCUACAUGGCCAUGGCUUUGCCGUUGCCACAGAUCUUGCACUUCAUCUUCCGGGAGUAUGCCUGGCCGAUCGAUUGGGGUGGCGGCAUGGAGCCGACCAAUGAGUGGGGCUGGAGCUACAUGCAGGUGAAUUCGUACACAUCGGAUCACAGGUGGUAUCUGGGCAUGGUUUUCUGCGUCCGUGUAUUCUGCCAGAUUCCGCAGUUGAAGGUCCCGGCCGACGGCCCUUCACCUUCAACAUCUGCCAAAGUGCCCUGCAACCCCGAAUGCUCAAUUCUGAAAGCAAACUACAUCCAAAUACCCGGGUUCCACUACCCGAACAACGUCCUUGAGAAAGGCACGGGUAUGGCGCGGGCCUCGGCGGCGCGGCGGCGCGGCGGCGCUUGGGCUUGGCUCGAGAUCGGGGUCGACAUCCUUCAACCCACGCUCUUCGUGUGGACAUCUCAGAGCCCUGAUUCGCUACCUCCAGGAAUCACGGCAUUCCAAGAGAGCUCGAGGUUGGGAAUGACCUACGUCCCCUUUGACCUUGCCUGGCGGGUCUUCCCAGUGGGGGUUGAGGGUCUGCUGUGGCUUCUUGUGGUGACAAUGGGAGUGUUUGCACUACAUGAGAUUUUCAGGUGGGGAAACACCACGUUGGGUGCAUAUGUCUUUCACUUCUACUUCCGAGAUCAUGCAGCGGCCUAA